AAAAAGUAAGCGCGUGCCCGUAGCGAAAGUAGUCGAAGGUUGGCGAAUGAUAAUAUACUUAAGUUAGAAUUAUACUGAGCUCGUAUAUAAAUUGGUUGGCGUCCUUAACAGUGUACCAGAAAACUAUAGUUCUUGAUCGCGAUAGUUCCAUCACUGAAAUAAUCUGAAAAAUAAUGAUCGAAUAAAUUUAAUUGUUUAGAUGAAAAAAAUGUUAUUUUUACCAUAAACAUUAAUCACUGUACACUUAAAGAAAACUAUUAGAGUUGUUUUAAUGAAUGUCACGUAUGCAGUAUAAAAAUCAGUUGAAUCUUUUAGAGAUCAGCGGCCAUGAGUUUUUCACAGAUCACUUGGACAAAUUAAAUCUAAUCAAUAAAACCAUGCAAUUUUCGGUCGACAAGGUUAAUCAAUAACACUCAUUGCAGCUGUAGUAAGAAUGAAUAUAAUUCAGAUUGCAUUUUUCAUUGAAAUUAUUAACGAUUUCAAAAAUAUUAUAUCGGCCACAUCGAACAAGUAACCAGUAAACAUGACGAGUAUUUCACCAGUUAUUACACCUGUUGCGUGUAAAGAAAGUUCACCCACAUCGCCUUGUAGUGGUGAAAUAGAAAUUCGAAGUUUCAAAGAUAAAGAAAUAACCAAAAAUGGAUAUUUUAUUCGACAAUACCAAACUAGUCUUUUGCCCGAUGUGCAAGUUACAUCGGUUGACGAACGUUCAUCAAAAAGCAACUUUCGUAUCCGCGAUGUUAGUCCAAUGGAAGUACCUAAACACAAAGUUGGUGGUUCCACUUGCUAUCGAAUAUUGGUGCCAGAAACUGCAACAGAGCGUAUAAUAUUAUUUAUAUGCUUAAUCAUACUGUUCACGUUACUUGCAUCGUUAACGUACUUGGUCUUAAAGGUCGAGUGCAUAUAUGGAUCAAAAGAUAACUGUAAAAAUAAUUGGUUUUUCAACAGCAAACCAAAUAUAUGCAUGAAUGAAGAAUGCGUUAAAACAGCUGCUUCAUUGCUCUCUGCUAUGGACCAAACAGCAGAUCCGUGCGACGAUUUUUACCAAUAUGCUUGCGGAACUUGGGAUAAAAGACAUUUAAUUCCAGAAGAUAAAAGUAGUAUUAACACAUUUGAAGUAUUAGCAGAUCGUUUACAAAUAACUUUAAAAGGUCUUUUGGAAGAACCUGCGAAUCGAUUUGAUAGCUCAGCUACAAUAAAAGCUAAAUUGUUUUACAAGUCUUGUAUGAAUAUUACCCAGAUUAGGCGAACUGGAGAUAAUCCUAUUCGUGAACUUUUAAAGUCACUUGGUGGUUGGCCUGUAGUUGAAAAAAAUUGGCAACCUCCUAUGUAUGGACUUGAAGUUUUAUUGGGUUGGUUAAAAAAAAAUUUUAACGAAGGCAUUAUGAUCGAGCCGUGGGUUGGUCCGGAUGACAAGAACUCUUCUGUUAACAUCCUUCAGAUAGAUCAAAUGCAGUUAGGGUUACCAAGUAGAGAUUACUUUUUAAAGGAUAAUAGUGCAGAAGCCUUAAAAGCGUAUCAUAAAUAUAUGACAGAAGUGGCAAUAUUAUUGGGUGCGAAUAAGUCUACCGCACCUUUAGAACUUUUAAAAAUACUGGAAUUUGAAAUUGAGUUAGCCAAUGUAACACAAACAGAGACCGAUCGUCAUGAUAGUUCGGGUACGUACUUCAAACUUACUUUAAAAGAUCUUCAGAAAAAAGUUCCAGAAAUUGAUUGGUUGUUAUACUUAAGGACUAUAUUGAACUUUAAUGUAAGCGAUGAGGAACCUGUUGUUAGUUAUGCAAUGGCGUAUUUCACACAACUCGGAAUUCUUAUUAAAAAAACUGAUAAAAGAGUUAUUCAAAACUAUAUAAUUUGGAGAUUAAUACAAAGCGCUGUAAUCCCUCACUUGAUCGAUGAGUAUCAGUACAAAAGAUUAGACUUCAAAAAAAUAUUAUUAGGAAUAUUGAGUGAACGUAGCAGAUGGAGAGAUUGUGUAGAUUGGACUAAUAAACGACUAGGAAUGGCUGUAGGAGCCUUAUUUAUAAGAGAUAAUUUUAGUCUCGAAAGCAAAGUAACAGCGAUGAAUAUGAUCCAAUCCAUUCGCGAAGCAUUUAAUGAACUUCUCAAUGAAAACCUUUGGAUGGACGAUCAAACAAGGAUAGUAGCCAAGGAAAAAGCAGAUGCUAUGAAAGAACGUAUUGGUUAUCCAGAGCUAUUGACAGAUGUGGAUGAACUGGAAAAAGAAUAUUUUAUGUUAAACAUAACUGAAGAUCAGUUUAUUUUAAAUGUAUUUAAUGUAAUGAAGUUUGACGCUUAUCAAAAUUUAGAAAAAUUAAGACAGCCAGUUGAUAAAGAUAAAUGGUCCACAGAACCUGCCGUUGUUAAUGCAUUCUACAACCCUAACAAAAAUCACAUUGUUAUUCCAGCAGGAAUUCUUCAACCAUUAUUCUACAGUCAACAUUUUCCCAAAUCUUUGAACUAUGGCGGUAUCGGUGUAGUAAUUGGUCAUGAAAUCACUCACGGGUUUGACGAUAAAGGUCGGCAGUUUGAUAAAAAUGGGAAUAUGAUUGAAUGGUGGGACACCAAGACAAUACAUACGUUUAGAGAGAAAGCACAAUGUAUGGUAGAUCAAUAUUCAAAGUACAAAAUGCAAGAAGUAAAUUUACACGUGAAUGGACGUAUGACACAAGGAGAAAAUAUUGCAGAUAACGGUGGUUUAAAACAAUCUUUUAGGGCGUAUAAGAAAUGGGUUUCAAAACAUGGAGAAGAACCUUUAUUACCAGGUAUAGACAUGACUCAUGAUCAAUUAUUCUUUUUGAAUUACGCACAAAUUUGGUGUGGUUCAAUGCGCCCAGAAGAUGCUUUGACAAAAGUGAGAUCAUCAGUACAUUCGCCAGGACCUACUCGUGUGUGGGGACCGUUAUCGAAUUCUAAUGAUUUCGCUAAAGCCUAUGGAUGUCGCCCUGGAUCUAGAAUGAAUCCUAUCAACAAAUGUGUUGUAUGGUGAUAGUAUAUACGUCUAGUAACAAAUGGUUGAUUAAAAAAACUUAUUAAUUGAUUUUGUUCAAAACUAAAUAAAACCCUUUACAUGAUGUUGGCUUUUUAGCUGUUAACUUCUAAUACAGGGCAGUAUAUGCGCGUAAACAUAUCAAAUGAAACCAAUAAAAAUGAUUAUAUCAAGUGUGAAAUACAUCGUUAAAUAAUUUUAAAUAGUUUAAUUCAAACAAAUUUGUUAUAAAAAUAUUUGGAAAAAUGAAUAAGUCUGAAAAAAUUAUUCCAUAGAUCUUAUAUAUAAAAACAGAAUGUUAAAAGUUAACAGUUUAAUGAUUUAGAACUUUAAGCUUUUCGAUUAAUUAGGUCAUAUUGUUAUUUAUAGUUGUAUUUUUUAUCGCUACAUAUUAAAGAUAAAUUUGGGCUUCUUUAAAACCAUUUUUGGUUAUCGACAAAAAGUAUUAACAAACAUUUUUUUGUGAAAAAAAUAUAAGCCAGUCAAUUUAAGUUUUAUGGUUAUAAAACAAAUUGUAUUCCUAUUUAUGUUAGAUAUUACAUUUUUAUAAUUUUUACAGUUAAAUUUAUUAAAUAUUUUGUAUGUUAUAUAUAUGUUAUAUUACUUUGAAAAAACCAUGUAUAAUAUUCUAUUAUAUUUCUCUAAAAAUUGCGAACGUUCGAGGGUAAAGACAAUCACGGGAAAGCAUUUCCAGAGAUUAUUUUAGUACUUAUAUAAUGUAGUAUGAGAAUAAAUAAGAAAUCAUUUAAAUAUUAUUUAUAAAAUUCAAUUUUUUUAAAUAUUUUAAUUUAACCUUAUCGUACAAAAAUAAAGUGAGGGGUAAGGAAUUUAUAUUUCUUAUAAUGUUCUUCAAUCGUUGAUAACCUAUACAUCUUGUAUGCAAUUAUACAGUAUACUUUAAAUUUUCUAAAUAUUUUUUAAUGUAUUAAAAUUCAGUGUAUUGUAUACCAUAUUUUGAAAAAAGAAAGUGUUAAAUAUUUUAUCUUAUUGAA